AUGGCUGACCCGAUCGAAGACUUCUCUCCCGCCUCCGUUCCGCCCGAGCAGGCAGGACGUCUGGACCUGGACUUGCUACGACGCCUGGCCACUUUGGAACAACGAGUCAGGGAUGUGGAGUCCGGUCUGGAUGCCGCUCGCAGGGAAAUCACGGAGGAUCAGAACGUUACCCGCCACUUCCGGGCUUCGGUUGGGAACCUCAUUGAACGCUCCAACGCGCUCAUGAAUGAAUAUACCUUCAUGCAGCGCUCUCGUUCUGCCUUCUUGUUGGCCUUCCGUACGGCCCUGACAGCUGUCAUCGAUGUGCUGCGCACAUUUCGUGACACAGCGGCUUCCGCCCGCCUGGAUGAUGCUUCGGAGGUCCCUCGGCUCCUUGCGGACUGGAGCGCUCCACCUUCGGUGGCAGCUCGUCUCAAGGCGGCCAACUUUCUCACUCUGGGGCAGAUUGCUUUCGCAAUCCCCCCGGAUGCUCCCAUUGACCAGUUUCUGGUGUCGGUCCUCGGCGUGGCUGAGGACCACUCCCUGAUGACCAGCCCGGAGGCCGCUGUUCUCUGUCGCCUGGUCAUCUUGCCCCGGCUUCUUCCUCCGGCCUCUUUUCCGGCCCGGUCUCAUCCAAACUGUCUCCGGAAGCAGUAA